GUACGGCCGAGUGAACAGCUCGUCUGCCUCGCAGGCUGUUCCCACUCUGCCGUCCUCGGUCGACGAGGUACCACCGAGGGACUCGCCAGUCAAAUCUGCCGGAAAUCAAACUAACGAGCUCUGACAGGAAGCAACAUGCUACCUGCUGGGAACACGGCCAACACUUUCCUGGGUUUCUCCCUGAAACGCCUCACAGACUUUAACCCUCCCGCCGUGCUGUCGACAUGGAUCUGGUGUUUCCCGUCAGAGGUUUCAUCCUGGUAAUGAGUCGUCUGUGGUGGAGGACAGUCUGACUGAACUUCAAACCAAAGACCUUAAAACCACAGAUCACAGGCCGGGUCCGUGCCUGUCAGCAGUGGUGUGAAGACGGACAACAGAUAAAAGCCUGAAACCACUGACAUUCAGAUCUGUCCAAACCAGAUGAAUAUGAAGUGAACAUUUUCAGGUCAAUUUGACAUUAUGCCUGUCCGUGUGCUGUCAGAGGGUACGGUGCCAGGCGCCCACGUACCAACACACCUCACCAGGAUUCCCAUCACGCUCAUCAGCACCAGCACUGACUACGCCAACAAAACUGUCGAGGGAAAAGUGGUUCGAAAAGGUCCACUGGUGUCGUUAGCGGCUGACAACUUCAUCCUGAAAGCUGUCAUCCAAGAAGAAGAUUCCCAACCAAACACGUCGUCUCAGCACCCAUCCAUUAAUGUCGUAUUGAUGGGAGCGCUGGCCAAUGACUUCAAUGUAGCUGUCAAUCAAGGGGAUGUGGUGGUGGCCUCUGGCUUCACUGUGGGCAAAUCCCCCACAGUUCAUAAGGACAAGUUGCACACCUUUAACCUGCUGCUGUCAGGAGACAACGCCUGUAUUUAUGUGUCCCGACUGCCACCUCCUCCUGACCCCAGAUCCCUACCGGCCGUCAAGAGGAGCUCUCCACUCUCCGCUGAGGCUUCCAGGACGACCAAGGCUCCAAAAUACACCUACGUCCGACUGGGUGACCUGAAGGCUGGAUCUGUAGUGAACGUGUACGGAGUGGUGGUCUUCUUCAAACAGCCAUUCAAGAGCCGUGGCACAGACUUCUGCUCCAGCCUGAAGAUUACUGAUCAGUCCAACCAGAAGAUUGGCUGCACCAUCUUCUGUGAGAAGCUGGAGGACCAUCCAAAAAUCUUUCAAAUCGGAGACAUUGUCCGCAUGCACAGAGUCAAGACUCAGUUCUUCAAUGACUCCAUCACGCUGGUCAACACCUUCGGUUUCUCAGUGGUGACGUUUGAUGGGGUGGCAGGCAGCGCCAUGGAUCCACGGACCUCCAGCCGCUCCUUCCACUUGGACCAGGAGGACCGUCAGACUGUGGAGGAGCUGCGAUCCUGGGCCGCCAGCCAGACUAUCCUCCCUCCAGUUCCCUCAUCCCCUCUUUCUGCUGUUCAGCCCAAAGCUUAUUUCGACCUGACGUGCCAGCUGCUGGCCAAAGCUCCCAUCGACACCACCUGCACCCUGCUGAAGGUGUGGGAUGGGACCCGGUGUCCUCACACUCUGCUGAAAGUGAUAGUUGAGCCGAACGCCAUAGAGGGGCCGACCUCCUUCUCUACAGAGAUAGAGAACCUCAUCGCUAACGUCCUCGUCUACGACAACCACGUGGAGUUCGCCAGGCAGCUGAAGCCUGGAGACUUCCUGAGGAUCUACAACCUAAGAGCGAUCCCAGGAUCCAGUAAGGUGCCUGGCCUCACCAGCAGCCAGUCAGAGGAGGUGGAUCACCUGGCUUUUCACCUGCAUGGGGGGACGGCAUACGGCAGGGGGAUCCGGGUUCUUCCAGAAAACAGCCCCGACGUGCUAGAGCUCAAGAGAGUCAUUGAGGCUUUGCCGGAGGAUGGCGAGCUGAAUGACUCAGCAAUGUUGGAAAUCUGGAGCACUCCACCAGAGUCUCUGGAUGGUGAAACAGUGGAUUGCAUCACAGAGAGAAGCUGUGGUCACGACAUACAGUCGGUGACGCUGUCCGAGCUGAAGCAGUGCGAUCCGGGUCGAGUUCACCACGUCAGAGUCCAGCUGAGAUCCUACGAGCCCCGCAGACUCCACCAGGCUCUGAAGCUCUACUGCAGCAAGUGUACAUCUAUACAGGACGUCCCAGAUGAUGAACUGGUGGCCAGUCUCUUCUCUGAGGCGUCCAAGGACCCUGGACCCUGCAGCCCCCCACCGUGGGCAUUCUCUGGGUGGGUCGACAUCCCCGGAGAUUCCCCAGGAUCCUCAAAGCGAGCUCUGAGUGUUCACCUGUCCACCCAACUCAUGUCUGAGGGCAAAACCAAGGAGCUCAUCUUCCUCAUGGGUUCGACUCUGGAGGAAACAUGUCGACUAACGUCAGGCUACCAGAACAUUGUCCCUGUGAGGGCGUCAGGAGGUCACAUGGCUCUGCUCGACCUGUCUGCACCUUUCCUGUUCAGAGGCAGGAAGAGAUACUACGGGUGUAGGCAGUGCUCUGAGGCUGCAGCGAGGGAACCGUGUGCUGAAGGAGUCGAGCUGAUCGAUGAGAAGAUCAUUGCAGAAGCUCUCGGGGUUCAGCUGCUGCAGUUCGUCCUGCUGAUGAAACUCGAGCUGCAGGACGGCACUGACACGCUGGAGGCCUUCCUGUGGAGAGACGCCGAGUCUUUCUUCAGGGUGUCUGCAGAGGACGUAGCAGCCAAUCAGGAGGCUCAGAACAGCAUCCGUCAAACAAUGGACUCCCUCUGUCCAGCAGGGGGCAGCACUGGUGAGUGUCCGUGGCUGGAUUUGUGCCUGACGGUAUACCGAGCAGAGGACGACGGGGGACAGAACCAAACCUGCUACCAGAUCUGCCACACCACCAUCACCAAAACCCCUUCCACGCAGUCCGACCCCGCCCCCGCCUGAACCACCUGCUGAUCACAGGUCACCAGUAAACCUACCCUGCAAAAAGAACAACUGUUUUUGUUCACUUCCUCUGUUGUUUUUAUUUGUAUUUAUUGUGUAAAACUAAAUAAAUGUACAGAAAAUGUUACUGCAAAAAUGUACAGGACUAGUGACUGACAUGUGAGUGUAUUUUUAAAACCUCUGCUGUUUCCAGUGCAGUAAACAGAGCCUUUGUAUGACUUUCAAAAUAAAAUAAAUGACUUUGACUGAG